AUGGGUGUUGUCACUACAGAGGGUGUUGCUAUUGCGGAGCUGGUAGUGUACAUUCCGGUAGCACUCUGUGCGAUAUUCGUGGUCGUCCGCCACGGCUUUCACAGGCAGCUAGGAUGGAUCUAUCUCGUCAUCUUCAGUGGUAUUCGAGUUGGUGGCUCUGUGAUGGAGAUCCUCAGCACCAAAAACCCCAACAACGCCAACGAUAAGGAAUGGGCAACCAUUCUCCAAUCAGUCGGCCUUUCACCCCUUCUACUCUCAACACUUGGUCUUCUCAAGAGAAUUAUCGACGAGACAUCUGAACGUGCUCCUUCGGAUCCAACUUCGGGUGGAAACCUCGCACUGCAAGGGUUUGCUGCUUCCUCCGGCAUCGUUGGUAAACUUGUGUCGAUCUACACGAACAAAGCAACCGCUACUUCCCGCCGAAGCAAGAUCAUCCAGCUCAUCCAAAUCCCCGCCCUCAUCGCCCUCAUCCUAGCCAUCAGCGGUGGUACCGAUCAAGCCUCAUCUAAUGUCUCCGACCAAAAGUCCGGCAAGACCGAGACUCGUGCUGCCAUUAUCCUUUUCUUGGUAAUCUACCUCGCCGCCUGCUUCUUCUGGGUCAUUACAGUCCGCGACCUGGGCAGAAUGGUAUCAAGCCAAAGACGCCUCUUCCUCGGUGUUCUCCUCGCACUGCCUUUCAUCGCCGUCCGCCUGCUCUACAGUCUGAUCGUUGAUUUCGCCAACAACCCCAAAUUCUCAUUCGUCGAUGGAGACCCUACCAUCCAGCUCGGUAUGGCUACAAUUGAGGAGUUUAUCGUGGUUGUCAUGUACACGAUUCUAGGCUUGAUGUCUCCUCGCUCUACUAUUGAUCCCGCUGUUGGCGGCGGUGUCGUUUCUCAAAACACCUAUGGCCUUGCCUCGGGUGCUAUUUACCCGAGGGCGGCGGAUGCUUCCAGCUCCCCUUAUGAUGAUGUUUCCUAUGCUCAUGCUGGGGCUCAGCAUGCUUAUAACGCCGCGAAGGGCUAUUAG